AUGGAUUUGUCGAAACUCAACAAAAAGACCCUGGAGGUCUCCCGUGGCUUCACCUACACGUACUAUACCUCCCCCGCAGCCGCCGGCAAGCCUGCGCUCAUUCUAUUUCAUGGUUGGCCUGAUACAGCUAAGCUUUGGGCUGGCUUGAUCAACAAUUAUAUUGUCCCAAAUGGCUAUGGUGUUGUCGCUCUCGAUUGUCUUGGCUAUGGUGGUACUUCUAAACCUACCGACCUGGAAGCAUAUGCCUGGCAACACAUGACUGCCGAUGCUGUCGAGAUCCUGGAUGCUGAACAGUUGGAUACUGUUAUUUCUGUCGGCCAUGACUGGGGUAGCGUGAUUUGUCAACGCUUAUACAACUUUUACCCUUCUCGAGUGUCUGGUCUUGUCAUGGUUAACGUCGCCUACGUCCCACCUUUGGGAAGAUUCGAUCUUGACACAGUGAACAAAGCCACCAAGGAAAAAUACGGUCAUGGUAGCUAUGAGUACUGGCACUUUUUUACUGCCGAUGACUCUACAGCCCUCAUGGCCAAGAAUCUCGACUCAGUGUAUACUGUAGCUUUCGGUGAUCCUUAUACUUGGCUCGACAACUGGGUUAGUCCAGGUGGUAUGCGCAAGUACGUUACCGAAGGCCGUACACAACCAACUCUAUCAUACACUACAGCCGAGCACAAGCAGGAUUUCGUGGAGAGAUUUGGCAAGGAGGGUGGGUUCGAUGCGCCAAGUUGUUGGUACAAGGCGUUUGCGUUUGGUGUGCAGAGCAGAGCAGACAAGCUCGUGUCUGGAGAUUCCAAGAUUGUUAAAGUCCCUGCGUUUUUCUGGGGUGGAGAGCAAGACUUUGUGUGCCGUCCUGCUGUGCUGCAGGAUAAUAUCGAUGAUGGAUAUCUAGCGGAUAUUACGAGUGUUACGAGGCAGGGAGGACACUGGGCUCUUCUUGAGAAGCCUGAGGAGUUUGGCCAAGAUGUGUUCGGAUGGUUGGAGGCGACUGAGUUUACUAAAUAA